UUAAAUCUUUUUUUGCAUAUAAAUUAUAACCGUCAAAUAUUUCUUAUUGAUGAGCAAAGAUAUGAGGAGACAAAAAUAAUUGAAGACUUUCUAUAUAUACGGAUUUCAGAGGAGUAGGUAAGUGAAUGAACUAUAAAGGUCUUCUAAGCCUUCACAAAAGUGCUUAGACCCUGGAAAGAUUUUCCAUUUUUCCCUCAUUUUCUGUCCUGUUCUUGGAUACUUUUCCUGUAUAGAGAGCACUGGAGCAUUUUUCUGUAUAGAAAAGGGAUUGUUUGUUUGGUCUGGGAAUCAGGAAGGUUUGAUGUACAAGAUGACUAUGAAGAAGGUUACAUGGAAAUCUCUCAUGUUAAGCUGUUACAAGAACAACAACAACUCCUCUGAUUCUGGCGAAAAGAUUUUGAAGCCAUGUCAAUUCCAGAGACUAUCCCUCACGGAUGUAAGCGAUCCCAGCUCAGCACUCUCUGUUGAUGAUCUCUCAACCUCUCUCCUUGGCUCAUAUCUCCACGUCUUUACCUUCUCGGAGCUAAGAGUGAUAACUCAUAAUUUCGCACGGUGUAAUCUGCUGGGAGAAGGAGGGUUCGGACCAGUGUACAAGGGUUUUAUUGAUGACAAGCUUAGGCCUGGAUUGAAGGCUCAGCCCGUGGCUGUCAAGGCACUGGACUUGGAUGGCUUGCAAGGCCAUAGGGAGUGGCUGGCAGAGAUAAUCUUUCUGGGACAACUGAGGCAUCCGCAUCUUGUUAAGUUGAUUGGAUAUUGUUAUGAAAAAGAGAACAGACUCCUAGUGUACGAAUACAUGCCGAGAGGAAGCUUAGAAAAUCAACUCUUUAGAAGGUAUUCUGCUGCUUUACCGUGGUCAACCAGGAUGAAAAUUGCAUUAGGAGCAGCAAAGGGCCUAGCCUUCCUGCAUGAAGCAGAUAAACCAGUGAUAUAUCGAGACUUUAAAUCUUCAAACAUCUUAUUAGACUCUGAUUACAAUUGUAAACUAUCAGAUUUUGGGUUAGCAAAGGAUGGUCCAGAAGGAGAAGAGACACAUGUAACAACCCGAGUAAUGGGCACACAAGGAUAUGCUGCUCCAGAAUAUAUCAUGACUGGUCACCUGACAACAAUGAGUGAUGUCUACAGCUUUGGAGUGGUUCUCUUAGAGCUGCUAACAGGAAAACGAUCAAUGGACAAUACCCGCCCCAGUCGAGAGCAGAGUCUUGUAGAAUGGGCAAGGCCACUUUUAAGGGACCCUAAUAAGCUUGACCGGCUUAUAGACCUCAGACUCGAGGGACAAUUUUCCAGCAAAGGGGCUCAAAGGGUAGCAGCAUUGGCUUACAAAAGCUUGAGCCACCGCCCAAAGCAAAGGCCUACAAUGGGCGAUGUGGUCAAGAUCCUGGAGUCUCUACAGGGGUUUGAGGAUGAAUUUGUUGGACCAUUUGUGUAUGUGGUGCCAAGUGAAACUGAUGAUAGUAAGGAAUUUUUGGCAAAGAAGGAAAGUAAAACGAAUGAACAAGAGAAGGAUUGCAGUGGAGAAAAUGGCCACAAUCCACUUGGACGUAGGUGGAGAAAUCGGAUCAAAUUGCCUCUUUCUUCUGUAGCAAAUUCCGAAUCUCCAUGUAGCAUGAGCGUAUGAGAAUUCCACGAGGACAGUACACUACAGGGUUGAAUUUGUCUAAUUAAGUUGUAAAUAUCGUCAGGACAGUUCUAAGUUCAAGGAAUAGCGUGAGGGGAAACAAAAAUACAUUACAAAAUCAGAUCAUCACAGCAUAAAAUAGUUACUAUUAGAAUUCAAAAGUGUUUGUUGAAGAGUUGAAAAUAAUGUUGGGAGAGCACUCGAAGAAGAAUUGAAGUGCUCGUGAGUUGUUCUGUUUAGCUUAGUUGGUAAUAGUGUUCACGAGUCAUUGACGAAACAAAAUAUCUUUGACUCAAUUUCGCCCUCAUUCGGGCAAGGAUAUUAUUCAGUAUUUUGAAUGAAAAUGUUGAUAUUAUUGCCAGAA